AUGGCUGAAGCGCUUUGUAUGUUCGAUAGCAGCGAAGAAGAAGAUUUUGAGGGCUUUUUGAUCGACGAAACGGUUGAAGAGACACAACCGAUUGCAGCGGGAACAUCAGCGAUUACGUGGCGAGAAAUAGUGGGCGACUCAGACGAAGAAGAUUUUUUUGGUUUUUCGAACAUUGAAGUUGAAGAGAUUGAAAGCAAAAGCGAUAGCGAGAGUGAUAGUGAGAAAAGUAGCGACGAUUAUAUUGAUAUUUUUGAAUGGAAAGAUAAUUUAAGUAGUGUAAAUGUUGAAGACUUCACGGCCGACUUUGGUCCUUGUUAUGGGUUGGGUCAAGAUGCUACCCCUAAAGACUUUUUCGACUUGUUUUUCGGCAAUGAAUUUCUUGACCAUGUUGUGCAUGCUACUAUUUCCUAUGCUUGUUCAAAAGGUGACCAAAAUUUUUCGACCGACCGCGAUGAGAUGUCUGCAUUUUUUGGAUUGAACAUUUUAAUAGGCAUCAACCGCCUACCCAGAAUCAGUCUCUACUGGGAUUCAGAUAUAUUUUUGGGAAAUUCUGGCUUCAAAACUACAAUCCCUUUGAGACGGUUUUGGAUUUUGAAAAAAUAUUGUCACAUUUCGGACCUGCGACAAGAAAAUGCAACCGACGAACUUACAAAAAUUCGGCCCCUGAUCUCAAAGCUCGAAAACACUUUUCAAAAUGCUUAUUUACCAGGAAAGGAUGUUAGCCAAUUCGGAUACCUACUACGUGCCGCAUUUUCAAGUUUACCUAGGUAA